AGAUAAUAUGGCAUAGAUCCUUGGAUCGAUCCGUUUGAGUUUCCUUGACACUUAUCACCAAAAGAUUGACUAGUAUUUGAAAGCUGAGCAUGAAUUCAUUAACUUUUCCCAACGAUUACAUACCUUAACAUACUGUUUACAGUAUGUACACAUGUUUCGAUGAAAUCAGUGGAAAAAAUCCUAAACACUUUCUGUAGCAUUGUAUGUCAAUGUGUUGCUAUGAACCUGACAUCAAAAUUCCCCCAUAAGUCUAGAGAUAUUUAGAUAUAUUUAAAACAAAAAGAUACAAAAAAAAAAGCUUAAGGUUUCUAUAAAUGCUUAAGUUAAAAUUAACUUUAAUACAAAACAAAAACAUAAACAUAAACUUCGAAUCUCAAUUAAAAUUCGAACGAAAAGAGUAGAAACUUAAAAGAAGAUAAAAAAAAGUGAAGUUAAAGAAAACAAAAAUAAAACGUUGAUUUGCAUAAAAAUUUAAGUUAUAUACGAGAUUGUGCAAGAAAAUGUCAGACGAUCACGAUAGCCAUGAUGUCUUGGUGGCAAAAUGUGCAGCCAUGGCUGCUUUGUUUUGUGCCACCGCUCUCUUCGGUGGCAUACCCUUCGUGCUAAAUCACUAUUUCAAAUGGACGGAUAACAAUGCAAAUGCCCGCUCAGCCAAAGUGGUAACAUAUUUGUUGCACUUUGGUGGUGGUGUACUACUGGCCACCACCUUUAUUCACUUACUACCCGAGGUUCAAGAGGUAGUGGAACAUUUACAACACUGUGGUCAAAUAGCCGAGGUGAAUUUUGCUGUACCGGAGACUUUAAUGUGUGCAGGUUUUAUAUUGAUGUACCUGAUAGAGGAGUGUAUACAUGGUUAUUUGCAUAGAAAUAAGAAAAAGUUGUUGCAGAAAGAUGAUGCAGCCUUUGAGCGGGGUCACAGUGUAAGACGUAGUGUUUUGGUUAAAGGUGGUUUGAAGAAUAAAUCCGAUGAUGAUGAUGAUGAAGAGCACAUAGAGGAAGAGUCCGAUAAAUAUGCUUCUAAGAAUACAGUCAAUACCUUAGUCUCUCAAAAUGGUGAAGUCUAUCAGAAUGGUUUUAACAGCAAACGUAACCUUAAUUUAGAAAUACAAAUCUGUCCUCCCGCCGAACCACCCAAAUGCAAUACACAAAAAUAUACCUUGGAUCAUUCGUUAGAACAUUCGCAUCAACCCUCUCUCGAUCACACACACAACUAUUCGCACGAUCAUGCUCACGAUCAUGGCGGUCAUGGUCAUUCACACUUACCCCUCAAUCCCAGUGAGGGUGAUGAUGUUGUCACCUCUUCGUUGCGUGGUUUGGGCAUUGUCUUAGCCUUAUCUCUCCAUGAAGUUUUUGAGGGAUUAGCCAUUGGCCUGGAAGAUGCCACCAGCUCGGUAUGGUUUUUAUUUGGUGCCGUGGCUGCUCAUAAAUUGGUUUUAGCCUUUUGUGUGGGUGUUGAAUUGAUCGUGGCACGUACCCGUCCUAUUUUAGCCGCUGUCUAUACCAUCACCUUUGCCAUUGUCAGUCCUAUUGGUAUUGCUAUCGGUAUUGCUGUCAGCCACAAUUCAGCCGAUUCGGAAGAUAGUAUAGCAUCAAUGAUUCUACAGGGUAUUGCCUGUGGUACUCUAUUGUAUGUGGUCUUCUUUGAGAUUUUGUCGAAGCAACAUGCUGGCUUUGGUUCGUUUUUAGCGAUGGUUGUUGGAUUUGGUCUUAUGUUUGGACUGCAGAAUAUAGGUGAAGGCCAUGAUGAUCAUGAUCACGAUCACUGUGCCAAUGCUGUGGAAGAUAUAGUUACUACAACCACAAAAACUGUCCACGACUUGGUGACAAAAAGUUAUCUAUAGUAUUUAUAUUUGAGAUAACUGUGAUAUUUUUAGUUUUAAGUUUCAAUUACUUAUUUAAAUUAAACUAAAUAUUUAAAAAAGUAAAUUACUUUUAUAUUUAAGUAUUUAAAAAAAAACAACAACAAACAAAUCAUAAGUACAUAACCUUAAAUCAUUUAAUUUCAUAUGUAAAAGAAUAUUUGAAACAAUUUUGAAAAUAAUGUUUAUCGUGGACAAAACUGAGUGAAAAAGAUUUUGUCAAUUGUCUUAUAUUUAAGUGCCAUUUCUUUGUUACAAUUAUAAAAUGUGUAUUCAAUAAAAGAACAUUUAUUUUUUAUAUUAAA